AUGCCCCAAAACACUGGUCGACAAUCUGAUUCCGUAAACCAAGCUGGUGAAAAUAUCCAGAGUAAUAGCUCAUAUACCGGCAGGAGUUAUAACACCACAACACAAAUACGAAAUGCCAUAUCCACUUCACGAGAAAUUCGUACUCCUGAUUAUGACCGGCUUCUUCCACAAAGAACGCCCAAUCCGGUCCAGGAUCUGCAGAUGCGGAUCGUCACCGAAGAAAGCUCUAAAAAGAGAAAGAUAUCGGUUAUUGAAGAUGAAGCACAGCAAGAAGAGGAAGGCCGCCUCUACAGAGCUGUUGUGGGUCAGGCAAUGAUGCCACUAAGGGAAACAACGGAUGAUAUAAUUCGUCGUUUAAAUUCUACGCCCACCAAAUCACCUAAAAAAUUGCUGUCAUUCAGCUCACCGACGAAACAACGUAAUUACUUUUUUGAUUCGCCGGUUAAGAAUAGUUAUAAUUCGAGUCCGCUUCCACUGGAAGCGCAGUUGAUUUUGACUAGUCCUCGUAAACCUCCUCGGUAUAUUAGUAAAACUCCGUAUAAGGUGCUCGAUGCGCCAGAUCUUCAGGAUGACUUCUACUUGAAUCUAGUAGAUUGGUCAUCUUCUAAUGUUUUAGGAGUAGGAUUGGGCACUUGUGUUGUAAGGCUUUGCGAUAUGGCAAGUACAGGACAUAGUGGCAACGAUGAGAAUGUUACGUCUGUCAGUUGGAUGCCGACGGGCUCCCAUAUAGCUGUUGGUACAGCACCAGGACCUGUCGAGAUUUGGGAUAUUCACAAGA